AUGGCUGGAGCUAUUCAAGCGAUAUCGUACAGCCCAUUGAUGGGCUUUCUAUAUGUGUUCAAUUUAAUUGUCGGAACUGGAGCAUUAGCGUUACCGAAAGCAUUUCAGGGAGCAGGCUAUAUACUAAGUAUAGUUAUACUCUCGAUUUCAUGCUUAGUAAGCUACAUAUCUGCCACAUUCGUAAUCGAAGCUCUCUCCAUAGGGAAUGCAGCACAGAAACGGCAACAUGUAGCAACCACGGAAAGCAAGUCCUCAGAUGAUCCUACUGUCUUCGAAAUUAAAGAUAAGAUCGAAGUGAGUCAAAUGGCGACAAUGUUCCUAAGUCGAGCUGGUGUCAUAUUCAGCUAUUUGGCAUUGGAUAUUUACUUAUUUGGUGAUCUUGCUAUAUAUUCGACGACAGUACCGAAAUCUUUAAUGAAUAUUAUAUGUGCACCAUUAAAUUCUUCGGUUACACCAGUGCACGAAGAUCUAUGUCGUCAUGGAUGGCCAGGAUUCUUUACUCGUUUUACGGUAUAUCGACUUUGUGUUGUUCUAUUCAUAUCGGUUACGGUUCCUAUGGUUAUCAUUGGUAUAACAAGGACAAAAUAUUUACAGUUAGCCACAUCACUUUCAAGAUGGACAGCGUUCAUUCUCAUGAUUAUAUUGGCUAUUGUACAAAUAUCAAAUGAAGGACCAGCAAGAGUUCCUCCAGCAGUAGAUAUUCAUGGAUUUGGUUCACUAUUUGGAGUUACUGUGUAUUCGUUUAUGUGUCAUCAUAGUAUACCGUCACUUGUUACACCUAUGAGCUCGAAAUCUCAUGUGUUCUGUAGACUAUUAUUCGUCUAUUUAAUGGUUAUGUCCUUCUAUCUUACACUUUCUAUGACUGGUUCAUUCGCCUUCGUUGAAGUAUUGGAUGUCUAUACAUUGAACUUCUUCAAUGAUAGCCUUACAUCAGUGUUUAACAUUAUUGUCAACUAUUUCCUGGCACUAUUCCCUGUAUUCACUAUAACAACAAAUUAUCCGAUUGUCGGUGCUACAUUGGUAAACAAUGUUCGCGUACUACGAGAUCUUAUAUUCUCGGCAAAUUCAAAGGUUUAUGCGGAAGAUCAAACGGAGAAAGCGAAGAAAAGAAAUACCUCUUUCAUUUUGCUGUCCGAUAUUCUUAUCUAUGUGACAAUGUUGGGACUGCCGACAGUGAUCAGCAUAAUAACGGAUGAUAUGUUACUGUUAGCUACAGUGACAGGAUCAUAUCCAGGUGUUGGCGUACAAUUCCUGAUUCCAUGUUUGCUGGUGAUGUACGCUCGUAAUUAUGCGAAAAAAGAGCUCAACUCCCCGGUUCCACAAAAAUACGCCAGUCCUUUCGGAUCCAGAUAUUGGCCGUAUGUACUCUUUAUCUGGGCGGCAUUCUCUAUCGUUAUGGUCACACUUAAUUUGAUUGGUGUUAAAUUUUAG